AUGAAAGCAAAAAAUGUAAUUAAGGUGUACAUGGGGCAAGUAUGUCAAGCCAAUGUUGGACAGGCACCCGCUAGGCAAGCUGCGCUUGGUGCAGGUCUGAAAGUUUCAACCAUUGUCACUACUGUGAACAAAGUCUGCUCAUCGGGUCUUAAGUCCAUAAUGCUUGCUGCUCAACAAAUUCAGACGGGUCAACAAAACAUUGUCAUUGGAGGAGGAAUGGAAAGCAUGUCACAAGUUCCUUUCUACUUGCCUCGUGGCGAUACAACGUACGGUGGUAUGAAGCUGCUG